UAUAAAGGGAGCCAUUGUGGAGAGGCAUGGAUGAGGGUGGUUGUGAAAGAGGAAGGAUGGGUCAGAGUGCUCUUGGGAGGUGGUUGUUGGUGGGCAUCACUGGUUGGGUUAUUGCUACCCUAGGGGGCCUCCCUAAGAAGGCUAAUGCUGCCCUGUCUCUCUCACCCCCAGGCCCCAGCUCCUGGAAACAAGCAAAUAGAUUGUCUCUUGUCCGGUCCUUCCUGGAGGUCCCUGGGGGAACACCUCCCUCUCAACUUUAUUCUGUUGAGGUGCAGUGCCAAGAAAAGCAGAUGACCAUCAGUGUCCAGAGGGACCUCUUUAGGACGGGGAAGCUGAUUGAGCCUUCAGAGUUGAGUCUUGGGUCGGGGGAUUGCCGGCACACUUCUCUCCAGGCACCCCGGGGCACUGUGGUCUUUGAAGUUGGGCUCCAUGAGUGUGGCAGUAAGCUUCAGAUGACCAAUGAUCACAUGACCUAUAGCAUUAAUCUCUACUACAAUCCAUCCCCUGCUAGUAACCCUGUGAUCCUCCGGGCUACUCCAGCUGUUAUCCUCAUUGAGUGCUCUUACCCAAGGAGAAGUAAUGUGAGCAGCCAAGCCGUCAAGCCAACAUGGCUUCCUUAUCGCUCCACACUGAGUGCUGAGGGAAAGCUGGGAUUCUCCUUGCGCCUGAUGACUGAAGACUGGAGUGCUGAGAGGACUUCUUCAAACUUCCAUCUGGGUGAUGUCCUCCACAUUCAAGCAGAUGUCAAUGCUGGAAGCCACAUACCUCUGAGGCUUUUUAUUGAGAAGUGUGUAGCCACACAGACACCUGACAAGGACUCCAGACCUCAAUAUGCCAUUAUUGAUUUCAAAGGAUGCCUAGUAGAUGGUCGGUCAGAAGAGAGCACAUCUACCUUCAUUUCUCCAAGACUCAAGCAAGAAGCUCUUCAGUUCACAGUUGAUGCCUUCAAAUUCACAGGCGAUGUCACGAACUUGAUCUAUAUUACAUGCCACCUAAAGAUAACCGAUGUUGACCAUGUACCAGAUAUCUCCAACAAAGCCUGUUCCUUUAACAAAGUGGGCAGAAUAAAUGGCUGGACUCCUGUGGAAGGUGCUAAUGAGAUCUGCAGCUGUUGUGAAACUGGCAAAUGUGGGUCUGCAAGACUGAAGAGAUCCAACCCAUCACACAAUGUGAUGUCUGGGAACAAAACAGAGGCUGUUAUCACACUUGGGCCACUGUUCAUUGGAGAGAUGGCUUCUAGCCCCAGCCCCUUUGCAGACCAACUGGAGCUGACCCCACCGUCUCGAGGUGCGGAAGAGGUGUCAAUAUCCUUGUUGCUCCUGGGCCUUGGAGUGGGUGCUAUAAUACUUCUGACCCUUAUCUCUGUGGGGAUUCUUCUGGGGCUCAAGAGGUACAGACGAUCUCUGCUGGCUUGAUCAAAUAAAGAUGUACCCAAGCUGACCAGUCA